AUGCCUAACUCCUCAGGAGUUAAUGGACACCAAAAUGGGACUCGCCCAGCAGAUGUUUGGCUCCAGGAAAUUCUGCAACAAUAUGCACAUCGCAAUCUGUCUUUGAAGCAAAGACUCCAGUAUCUUCAGGAGAAGGAGGGAUACAAAAUCAGUAUGACAACUUUGAAAAAACUUAAUCGUCAAUUUCAAAUACCAACAGUCAAUAAACCUCCACCACUUCCAGUUGCAACUACUUCUGUUACAAAAGCUGUUUCUGCUGAUAUUGCUGCACAAAAUGGACCUUCAACCAUUCAGCAAAAUCUUAGACUUGAACAUAAUAUUUUUAUACCUCGUGAUACUGUACAGUCUAUCAUGAGAGACAAUUUUCCACAUGGAGCAGAAACUCGAUUUCCAGGGAAAAGGAUACCUAGACCCCGGGGUUUGCUUCACUUAGGUGAUGGAGUUUUUCAAGAAGUCCAUGAUGAUGGUCAUGAAAAAAUGAACUGGAAAGCUCUUCGCAUGGGUUCUGCAAGCAUAGGCAUUUAUGGAUUACGGGACCAUUCAUCUGGUAAAAUUCUUUUUGAGAUUGUAGUACCUAAUGCUCGGUGCUCUAGCACAGUCAGACACAUUUAUUUGGACUUUGUUGAAAAAUAUGGCAUGAUAUGCCAGCAGCUUACAGUUGAUGGAGGAAGUGAAACAGGAGAAAUGUAUGCUUGUCAUACAGCCCUCCGUGAAAAAUAUGCAGCUGAUUUAGAGAGACCUGCCUUUGUGGCUCUCCCAAGUACAUUGAAUAUUGUGAUUGAGGGAUCCUGGGGCCACUGGCUUAAAUUCAAAGGAAAAACCAUUCGGUCAGCAAUUGAACUUGGUAAGGAGCAGGGGUACUUUCAGCCUGGCAGUGACCUUCAUCUCAAUCUCUUCAACUGGAUCUGGCCAAAAAUAGUUCAACUUGGUGUCAAUGAGUUUGUCCACUAUUGGAACAAUCACAAAACUCGGACACAACAGGCAGCCAAUAUACCAUCUGGGGUUGCUCCAAAUGUUAUAUUUGAUUUUCUGUCAUAA